CCGUUUUCAAACCAGGACGAAUUAACCAGAUUGGCUCAGCUUCUGCUGUCCACUGUUGCGCUGCUCUGCUUCCAAGCUCCUCCUGAGAGAACAUCGCUUGCUGCAACGAUGCGGGCGUUAGCAGGCUUCCUGACAGGCGCCUGGCUGAUUGCGCUGGCCCUCGCGCAGACAGACGAUUGCUGGGACAACGACAAUUGCGAUGCCAAAGAUGAUGAGCAGGCUCUCCUUCAGCGCACGCAUCAAACGAUCCUGCAGCACCAGCCUGGCCAGACGUGCAGCAGCCCUCCGCCGACGAUCAACGGCUACAACUGCAGGCACUGCUGCCCGGACCAGUGCGACCAGGUGGGCCACCCCGAGUGCUACGUGGGCGGAGGCGGCGGCGGCACAACGAAUCCCGCCACUCCGAGUACCCCUGGAGACCAGGAGUGCAGCAGCCCUCCGCCGACGAUCAACGGCUACAACUGCAGGCACUGCUGCCCGGACCAGUGCGACCAGGUGGGCCACCCCGAGUGCUACGUGGGCGGAGGCGGCGGCGGCACAACGAAUCCCGCCACUCCGAGUACCCCUGGAGACCAGGAGUGCAGCAGCCCUCCGCCAACGAUCAACGGCUACAACUGCAGGCACUGCUGCCCGGACCAGUGCGACCAGGUGGGCCACCCCGAGUGCUACGUGGGCGGAGGCGGCGGCGGCACAACGAAUCCCGCCACUCCGAGUACCCCUGGAGACCAGGAGUGCAGCAGCCCUCCGCCGACGAUCAAUGGCUACAACUGCCGGCACUGCUGCCCGGACCAGUGCGACCAGGUGGGCCACCCCGAGUGCUACGUGGGCGGAGGCGGCGGCGGCACAACGAAUCCCGCCACUCCGAGUACCCCUGGAGACCAGGAGUGCAGCAGCCCUCCGCCGACGAUCAACGGCUACAACUGCCGGCACUGCUGCCCGGACCAGUGCGACCAGGUGGGCCACCCCGAGUGCUACGUGGGCGGAGGCGGCGGCGACACCACCCCUGGCUUUCCUGGGGCGCCCGAAGGGUUUCCCGGCGGCUUUCCUGGCGGCUUCCCUGACGGCGUUCCUGGCGUUCCUGGCGGCUUUCCUGACGGGCUGCCGUGA